CAAUUAAGCAAAGAAUGCCUUGGAAAAGGCUCUUUCGGUUCUGUCUACAAAGCUUUGAAUAUGGAAACUGGUGAAGCAGUGGCAAUUAAACAAGUGAAGAUCAGCGAUUUACAAAAAUCGGAACUAACUUUUAUAAUGUCUGAAAUUGAAUCAUUAAAAAAUUUAAACCAUCCAAACAUUGUAAAAUAUAAAGGAUAUGUUAAGGCGGACGAUUUUUUGAAUAUAAUAUUAGAAUUUUGUGAAAAUGGCUCUUUACUUAAUGUUUGUAAAAAGUUUGGAAAAUUUCCAGAAAACCUCGUUGCAAUCUAUAUUAGUCAAGUUUUGGAAGGUUUAUUAUACCUUCACGACCAAGGCGUUAUACAUCGUGAUAUAAAAGGUGCAAAUAUAUUAACUACAAAAGAAGGUUUAGUGAAACUAGCAGAUUUUGGUGUUGCUACGAAAACUGCAAAUCUUAGUGAUUUUUCAGUGGUUGGUUCUCCAUAUUGGAUGGCCCCAGAAAUAAUUGAAUUAUCUGGUGCUACCACUUCUUCUGAUAUUUGGAGUGUUGGUUGUGUUGUUAUUGAACUUUUAGAAGGAAAACCUCCUUAUCAUAAUUUAGAGCCUAUGCCUGCUCUUUUUCGAAUUGUUGAAGAUGAACAUCCUCCUUUACCGGAAAGUGCUUCACCUGCUGUUAAAGACUUUCUUAUGCAAUGCUUUCAAAAGGAUAGUAACCUUCGUGUGUCUGCAAGAAAAUUACUAAAACAUCCUUGGAUCUCUAAUGUUCGUAAACCAAAUGUAGCUACUGAAUUUGAAGACGCUAUAAGAAGUGUAAAAGAAUGGAAUGAGGCUUUAAAGGUCGCAAAAUUUGAAAAUCAUAAAAAACGAAGAAGUGGUUCCAUAAAACUAUCUGCUACUAUGCCUUCAAAAUCAAAAUCUCCUCUUAGUUCGAGUUCUUUAUCACCAAAAAUACCUGAUUUUACGCCGCCUGUUAAUAGUUGGGAAAACUUAAUGUCUUUGGGUUCUUCAACUUUAAUGUCAAAUUCAUUAAAUCAACAAAAUAAUCGGUUAUCUGCGUUUCUUGAACAGGCUGAAGUUGAAGGAAAUAAUUGGGAUAAAGAUUUUGUGGAUUCGAUAUCUCUUUCUCAUAUUACUGAUAUUAAAACUAGGCAGUUAAGUACUAAAUCUUCUAAUGCUGACAUUCAAGACCAACAACCGGAUUACGAAUCUUCCGAUGAUGAUUCUCAAACUGUUCGACCAAGUCAAUUCAAUAAUGGUCGGAUAAAAAAUAAUCAUUCUGUUCCAAAAGUUCCUGGAAAACAAAUAAUAACAGAAGAUAAUAUAGUAAAUGCUGAAACUAAUGGGUUCAAAGAUAAACCUAAUGGUUGGGAAUAUGCACAGGGCACUGUAAUUCAUCUACCUUCAAAAUCCGCGAAUAACUCUAGUUCAAUUCUAGAAUCAUCGACUACGGCAACUAAUGGUACUCUUGAUGAAAAACAAAUCACGGAUGAAUUUAAGCGACAUACUCGUGCGUAUACCACCAAUGAUAUACUAGUCCCAACUAAUGGAGUAACAAAGAGACCAAAUAGACCACUUCCACCUUUACCAACACAAAAAUCAAUAUCUUUAACAAUGUCUACACCAUCUUCACCAUCAAGAAAACCUCAAAUUGAUAUACCUGAUUAUCAGGUAUCCAAUAAGAUUGUUAUUAGUUCGUCUCGAGUGUCAACUCCUGUACAACAGGAAUUACAGGAGUUAAACGAAUUCCAACAAUAUCAAGAAUUAGAAGAUGAACAAGAUUAUAAUAAAGCAUUUCGAGAUUCUGAUGAAGAAGAUGAUAGUGUUAUUCAUACAUUAAAGUUUAAUUCACAUCUUUAUAAUGAAAGUUGGAAGGGUGAUGAUAGCAGUGAUGAAGAUGAUCCAUUUGCUGAACUAGAGGAAAAAUUUGAUGAGAUGGACAUGGACGCACACAUUGCUAGAGAUAAAUAUGCAAACGCAUGUUCACGAUUGGCAGAGCUUCUAAACCUUUUACAACCAACCGAAAGCGAAGAUCGAUUGAUAAGUUCAUGCGUUCAAAUCAUUGAUCUCUUAACAGAACAUCAAGAGCUUAAGAAUCACUUUAUAAUCUUUCAUGGUGUAAUUCCUAUCACGGAAGUAUUAGAAAUAUGUGUUAAUACAGACUUACUUUCAAAAUUGCUAAAAAUAGUUAAUAUAAUUAUUGCAGAUAAUAUUGAUCUUCAAGAAAAUCUUUGUCUAGUAGGGGAAGAGUACACUAAACAUAAGGAACUGAUUUGGAUCGCCGUUAAUGGAAUCUAUGGUGUUUUUGAACUCCAAAGUCCGACUCCUAAGAAUGACUUUUGUCGAUUGCUUGCAAAAAUUGGAGUAUUGGAUCCGUUAGCCAUUACCCUACAUAAUGUUAUAAUGGAUGACGAUCCCUCUGCUAAAAUAUUUGUGGAUAGAAUUGUUAAUAUCUUUUUAAUGUUUUCUCGAGGUGACGCUUAUGUAAAAGAAUUUAUGGCUACGCGUACACGGGUUGUUACUCGGAUUUUUGAAGACUUGUAUAAAUUACCAUCGUAUUUAAUUGUAAUCGUGCUCAAAUGUAUCAAGAAUAUCUCCAUGAAUUCAAUUACAUUGGAUUCUUUACAAAAAGCAAAGGCGAUUCAAAUUCUCACGGAUUUGUUGGAUAAUCAAGUUCCAUCGUACGUCAAUGAAAUUUCCAAUCAAGUACUCAACACAAUGUUCAAUCUUUGUCGAAUCGAUAAAUCACGACAAGAAGAGGCAGCAAGGGCUGGGCUUAUUCCUCAUUUGGUUCAUUUUGCAUCAAAUAAUACACCACUCAGACAUUUCGCGAUUCCAAUUCUUUGUGAAAUGGCUCACACGGGACAAGGUUGUCGUGAUUUAUUGUGGCAGAAUAAUGUUUUGCAACUUUAUUUUAAUUUAUUGGUUGAUAGAUCUUGGCAAGUUAGUGCUUUUGAAGCUAUUCUUUCAUGGUUCCAGGAAGAGACCUCCCGUGUAGAACCAAUUCUUUUACAACAAAACAAUAUAGAAUUAAUCCUAGAAUCAUUUGUUGUUGCCAAAGCAAACUCUUUCGAAAAUAUUCUUGAACCAUUAUACAUAAUAACACAACUAUCUGCUCAUGUGACUUGUGUUCUAGCACAACCAUCAUUUUUCGAUCGUUUAUUACAUAGAUUUGAACAUCCGAAACCUGUUGUGAGGUUGAAUCUACUACGUAUUCUAAAAUCUAUCUGCGAUGUACAUCCACAACGUGAAGAUGUUAUUAAAAGUUAUGGGUUAUUUGAAAUCAUUAUUAAAAUUAGUGCAGAAGAUCCAGCUGUAUUAAUAAGAGAGCUUGCAAAAGAAAUUUUGCAACAAGGUUAUUUCACUCUCCAAAAGAAGGUUAAUUAA